AUGCUGCAGACCGAGUCCUCGGAUGGAAAUAAGAUGCAGUGCUGCUGUUGCUGUUGGCCGCCGUACUUAUGCUGCCUGGCUCUUUCAAUCCUGGAUACUGCCGUAGUGGGUAUUAUCACAUUUCGUGCUGCUGACCUCUUUUACAGAUCCGGAAAUGAGUGGAGCUGGAUCAAUGUUAUUGUAUUUGCCAUUUCAUUGGGUCUAUUCCUGUGCGAGCUAUUGGCAAUGUCAACAUUGGCGUUAUCACGCCAUCGAAACAACUCACGUUACGUAUUACCCAGGCUGACGCUACUUAUGGGCCAAUUUGUUGUUGCAGCUCUCAUCAUAAUUAUAUUGAUUUUUUAUUUCACGGGAUACUCCGAAACGCUCAAUAAUGCUGUCAUCAAAACUUAUCAAGUGAGUUGUUUUGGUAAUUUUUUUAAAUAA